AUGUCUGACGAUGAUGACUUUAUGCAAGACUCCGGAGAUGAGGAUUACGACUUUGAAUAUGAGGAUGCCGAUGACGAUGAUUCCGGGGACAUUGGAAUCGAGAACAAAUACUACAAUGCCAAGCAGAUCAAGGUGGACAAUCCGGAGGAGGCGGUCGAUGAGUUCCUAGGCAUAGCGCCAAUGGAACAAGACAAAAGUGAAUGGGGAUUCAAGGGCCUCAAACAGGCUAUCAAGUUGGAAUUUAAGCUUGGGCGAUAUAGCGAUACCGUUGAACACUAUCGGGAACUACUCACAUAUGUCAAAUCCGCCGUCACGCGAAAUUACUCAGAGAAAUCAAUCAACAAUAUGCUGGACUUUAUUGAGAAAGGGUCGGAUAAUGCAAAGGCAUACCAAUGCAUGGAGCAGUUCUACUCUCUGACCCUCGAAUCAUUCCAAAACACAAACAACGAGCGUCUUUGGUUGAAGACCAACAUUAAGCUAGCUCGACUCUGGCUGGAGCGCAAGCAAUAUAGUCAACUGGGCAAGAAGAUGCGGGAGUUGCACCGGGCAUGCCAGCGAGAGGACGGGACGGACGAUACCAGCAAGGGAACAUAUUUACUCGAGCUUUACGCCCUCGAAAUUCAGAUGUUCGCCGAGACGAAGAAUAACAAACGGCUGAAGGUCUUGUACCAGCGCGCCCUCCGAGUGCGGUCGGCAGUGCCCCAUCCCAAGAUUAUGGGUAUCAUCCGAGAAUGCGGAGGCAAGAUGCACAUGAGCGAAGAGAACUGGAAGGAGGCACAAAGCGAUUUCUUUGAGUCAUUCCGAAAUUACGACGAAGCGGGCUCCAUGCAACGAAUCCAAGUGCUCAAGUACCUUGUCCUAACGACCAUGCUUAUGAAAUCCGACAUCAACCCCUUCGAUUCCCAAGAAACCAAGCCUUACAAGAAUGAUCCCCGCAUUUCAGCGAUGACCGAUUUGGUGGAUGCCUUCCAGCGCGAUGAUUACCAUGCAUAUGAGGCUGUCCUGAGCAAACAUCCCGAUGUCUUGGCCGACCCUUUCAUUGCGGAGAACAUCGACGAGGUUAGCCGCAACAUGCGCACUAAGGCCGUUCUUAAAUUGAUCGCACCCUAUACGCGGUUCUCUUUGCAAUUUAUCUCCAAGCAUCUCAAGAUCUCUGUGCCCGAGGUCCUGGAUAUCCUCAGCUUCCUCAUCCUCGACAAAAAGCUCCAUGCCAAGAUUGACCAGGAUAACGGGACUGUAUUGGUGGAAAGCGCGAGUGACGUGGAGCGACUGCGCGCUGUGGGAGAGUGGAGCUCAGCGCUGCGGACUCUUUGGCAAACAACCCUGAACGGUGAGGGGCUGCGUGCCAAUGACCCUCCUCGAUUUGCAUUCGAGUCGAGUGUUGGAGAGGGACUGCGAUCGGGUCUCCGGGCUCGAAAAGAUCCCCGAGGCAAACAACCGUCGAGAUGGUUAAUCUAG